AAUACCUGCAACACUUGAACGCUUUACUACACUGCUCAACACUCACCUCGGUCGGACGUAUUUUGCCGAUGUUUACAUCGACGUAUCUCACCUCUACUAGUUCGGCGACGAAAAAGUAAUUAAUCGACGUGAAUUGUGGCAAUAUAGCUGAGUGGAGCGCUAUGUCGGCGGUAGCUGGGUCCCACGCCCCCGCUAGUACGUGUGGCUGAUUCCUCCCUGCAGGCGCGGCGCGGCGAAAAGUCGGACAAACUCCCGAAACGGCCAUCGAGAAGCGAGAAGAAAGAAGAAACAAAUGAAACAAGUUUGCGUGGAUGUGUGGCUCCGAAAAGAUUGCGUGAAAAGAAAGCUGCAGCCACGCUAACGCUAAAGUGCAGUGCAAUAAAUAGUUUUUUCAAUGUUUAAAGAAAUCUGUCUGCGAGUCUAGGAGUCUAGGGCCGAAGGAGCGCUUCUCCUGAAAGUGGGAGUGUUUGUUGUGCGCGAUUGCUUGUGAGUUCGAGUGUGUGUGUGUGUCUGUGUGUUUGUGUCAGUGUCUGUGGCUGUGUGUAAGUGCGACGAAGAAGAAGAAGAAGCAGCAGCCGACCAAAACGGAAUUAAAUUCAAAAUCGGCGAAAAAAACCACUAGCAGAGGAGCUAUAAACCACCAGAGGAGGAGAAGGAGGAGCAUCAGGAUCGAGGAACUCCGGCGGCAGAGCAGUGAGCAGCAAUGACCGAGGAACUGAAAGUGGUGCUGCGUCGCAGCGAGCAGCAUUCCGGUUUUGGGUUUUCUCUCCUCGGCACCACUGGGCCGCCACAUGUAAUCUACGACAUUGUCGAAAAUUCGCCGGCAGCCGAUUGUGGAGCGGUUGAGGCCGGGGAUGUCAUCCUCAAAGUCAAUGGCACCGAUGUCCAUUGUUACACCACGAAGGAAGUUCUUAAAUGCCUGCGCCUGUCGGACCAGCUAGUGACCUUGGAGCUGAAAAGAGAUCCCAAACUGAAGGCCCGGAUCAAAGAGCAGCUGGCCAACACCCAGAGUCCGCACUAUGUGGACAUUGAAUCGCCAAACAUCUACGACUACCACAGCAGCAGCAGCACUCACUCCUCGCCAAAUCACCGACCUGCCGGCCCUGGGGGCGGCAAGGGAACCGCUACCACGCCCACACAGACCGGACUGCGCUACAAGUCGCCCACGCACUUGCCAUCGCUGCGCCAGAACCAAAACCAGAACUCGUCGCCGCUGCAGGCGAGCGGCUCCACCACGACCACAACCACACAUACGCACACCCACACCCACAGCCGCAACUCCUCGGCCAGCUCCACCAAAAUCAAGGUGGUGGAACAGAGCAUCACCACCUCAACGACCAGUAGUACCGGGAUAGUGGGUCCCAUGUCGCCCACAGGCGGCAGUGGCGGUGGUGGUGGUGGUGGUGGUGAAGAGGCCACCUCGCCCACCUUCCGACCCUCACGCAUUCCACAGGCCCGCAAAGCCAACGCCCCCAAGCCGGUGCCGGUGCUGCAUUCGCCGCAGCACAAGCGGCCACGACCCUCGCAGAUCCCCACGAAGGCUUCGAACGGCACUGGCAACGGUCAUCCGGCCGCCCAGCCACCGCUGCAGCACUCCAACAGCUACAGCGGCAGUCCGGUGACCCGUCCGCGAUUCUCAGCGGAAAGGGAGCCGGACCAGGACAGGGAACCGGAACCGAACUCGGCGCCACCACAGCCGGCGAAGGCGCCACGCUUUGAGGCUUACAUGAUGACCGGCGACCUCAUCCUCAACCUGUCCCGGACGCCGCAGACUAGCAAUCCCCUGCCAGUGCAGACCAAGAAGGUGGACAGUCUCCGGGACUCGCCAUGUCGUCUGGCUAAUCCGCGGGUCAACGGAGCUCUAGCACCACGUGCCUCUGGCGAAUCUUCCCCCACGUCCUCCUCCUCGGUGGACUCGCCAACCAACACCAGUUCGGAUUCGAUGAAACGGGAUGCCAAGAUGCAGCGGAAGCAGCAGAAGCAGCAGCCCCUGCAGCAGCAGCAGCAGCAGCAACAGCGGGAUAGCAUUAACAACAGCUACAACCGCAAGGAUUCGCUGACCAACGACACGCUGCUGAUGUGCGAGGAGCUGGAGCGGGACGAGGAGGGGGAGUAUGUGCUGGACGAGGAGAACCGGCAACAGGCACAGCAGCAGCGCCAGCAACGAUAUAUCCGCCAGCAGCAGAACCAACAACGCUACGAGUACUACCAGAACGAGGACGAGCUGGAGGAGCAGGAGGAAGUCGAGGUGGAGGAGGAGCGCGAGGAGGACCAGACGCACUACGGCAUCACCAACAUCGAGACCUACCAGAGCGGGAUGGGGCGCGGCGAUGAGGACGACAGCGACCGACAGUGUCUGGUAGACGAUGACGACGACGACGAGCCAUACGACGAGGAGGAGAACGAUGCCGGCGACGAGGAUUACUCGACCAACUCGGUGGGCUCUGGCUCCGCCAAGCAGAGGCUAAGGGCUCUGAAGCAGCGCACCGCCACCCGCCACCAGCAGCGGGCACGAGACGCCGUUGACUGUGCGGCCAGGUCGGGUUCGGGCUCAUCCUCCACGACCGUCAAGAGCGAAGCGGGUGGCCUGGCCCUGGACGAGAUCUCAUUCUCGGUGCCAACCUCGCCCAUCUCGCUGUCGACGCCAUUGAUCGACAAGGAGACGGCCAACUCGGUGCCCACCAGUCCAGAGCCGAGCUCGCUGGCUCCAGAAUCGAGCAGUGGUGCGGGCGCUGGAGCAGGGGCCGGGGCUGGAGUUGUGGUGCGGCGACACAAUGGGCACGUGGUGCGCAAGUGCGACGCCGCCGGAUUCCGGACCAGCAAGUCGGAGGACCAUCUGCAGCAGAUCCAGCGCGAAGGCAUAGCCGCCGUGAUACCGAUAGACAUUGACGAGGACGUGAACAGCUCGUUGAACACGCUGUUGGACACGCGCCAGGACUCGGAGGACUCGCAGUCGAUGGCCACUGUAAUUGUAAACAACUCGUCGUCGUCGGCGUUGAACAACAAUGAGCUUGAGCCGAACAACAAUACUAGUAGCAGCAGCAGUGGCAGCAGCAGCAGCAACAGCAGCAACAACAGCAGCAGCAACAAUAACAGCAGCAGCAACAUCACCAACCGAUCAGCAACAGCAGUGGCAACAUCAACCAUACCUCCUGCCACCAGAACAACGAUGAACUGCAGCAGCAAACUAAACUAUAUUUUAUGUAAAAAGGCCUCUGAUCGGGAUCGUAUUGUAUGGACCUAUAAUGCACCUUUGGCGCCGCAUCAGUUGGCCGCCCUCCAGCGACAGCAGCAGCAGCAAGAGCAGCAGUUCCAGCACCAGCAGCAGCAACUCCAGCAACAGCAUCUCCAGCAGCAACAGCAACUCCAGCAGCAACAACAACUCCAGCAGCAACAGCAACAAUUCUACGGUCAGCAAUCGCAUUCAAAUUCACAUUCAAGUUCCAUUAGUUCGUCCGUGGGCAGUCCGGCAUCGCCUACGUCGGUUUCCUCGUCGGUGAUGUCCUCGUCGGGCUCCAAAGGCGCCCUGGGCAGUAGUAGUAAUGGUCCGGUUGCCCUGCAGCAGCAACAGCAAAGGGAACGAGAACAGGGCGGCGGCCAAUCCGCCGUCGUACAGCCGCCCAACGGAAUUCCCGGUCUGCUGAGCUGCCCAGGGAACAAUGGUGCUGGUGGUAGUGGCCUUGGUGGUGGUAUUGGUGUCGGUGUCCAUGUCGGUGGUGGUGAUCAGAGCGUUUCAGAGGCCAUUUCGAAUAUAUCUAGUCCCGACUACCAAGACGACGAUAAUUUAUUAAGUUCUCGCGAUAUUCUAGGCGGCAUGGUACUAAGCGAUCCCAGCGACUCGGACUCCACCAUUCUCGUCUCGGACGCGGCCACUCUGCAGCGCCAACAGAUGAAGCAGCAGCUCCGCGCCCAGCAACAGAGGGAUAAGGAGCGGGAUCGCGACCGCGACCAGUCCGAGCACAAGGUGGUGAUCCAAGUGCGCGGCUUGGACAGCAACCACAGCAACAGCAGUGGCCGCUCCGACGACGAUGUGGUCACCCUCACGGAUGAACCGAUCGGUACGAAUCCCGUGGGUUUGCGGGAUGGCUCGCCGCCCGUAUCCGACGAUGGCAGCGAUGUGGAGUCGCUGCACUCGUACCACUACUCGCCGAAGGCCGUGGACAUGCCCUCGGCCAUUCGUCUGGCGAAAAGACUGCACUCCCUCGACGGUUUCAAGAAAAGCGAUGUGUCGCGGCACCUCAGCAAAAACAACGAUUUUAGUCGAGCUGUGGCCGAUGAGUAUUUGAAACACUUCAACUUCAAGGAUAAAUCACUGGACCAAGCUCUGCGCGAAUUCCUGCAGCAGUUUUCGCUAUCCGGCGAGACGCAGGAACGAGAGCGGGUCCUUGUGCACUUCUCCAAACGCUUCCUCGACUGCAAUCCUGGCACAUUCAACUCGCAGGACGCCGUCCACACGCUGACCUGUGCCAUAAUGCUGCUGAACACGGACCUGCAUGGCCAGAACAUCAAUCGCAAGAUGAGCUGUGCCGAGUUCGUGGACAACCUGGUGGACCUCAACGAUGGCGAGAACUUUCCCAAGGACAUACUCAAGUAUCUCUACCAGGCUAUCAAAACAAAGCCGCUGGAAUGGGCGCUAGAUGAGGAGACAGUUGACAUGCAGCAGCAGAGAGCCAACAACGCUGCUCUGGCCAAUGUUGGAGAGAAUCCCUUCCUCGAUCCCCCAGAAUCGGCAACAGCCGUGGAGUAUAAAAAAGGCUAUGUGAUGCGAAAAUGUUGCUAUGACAGUAACUUUAAGAAAACUCCCUUUGGUAAACGGUCCUGGAAGAUGUUGUAUUGCACGCUGCGUGAUCUUGUGCUCUAUCUCCACAAGGAUGAGCAUGGUUUCGGCAAGAGUCAAAUGUCCGACAAUCUGCACAAUGCCAUUCGCAUUCACCACGCACUGGCCACCAUGGCCAACGACUACACCAAGAAGCAACAUGUGUUCCGCCUGCAGACGGCCGACCAGGCCGAGUAUCUGUUCCAGACCAGCGAUUCCAAGGAGCUGCAGUCGUGGAUAGAGACGAUCAACUAUGUGUGUGCCGCCAUUUCAGCGCCGCCGCUCGAAGGAGGAGUGGGCAGUCAGAAGAGGUUCCAGCGCCCGCUCUUGCCCAGCAAACAGUCCAAACUGAUGCUGAAGGAGCAGUUGGAGUCACAUGAGCAGCAACUGGCCCAACUGGAACAGGAUCUCAACGAGCACAAGAGGGGCCCGAUUCCCAGCAAGGGCCUCCCUCUCCAGAACUACAAGGAAAAGGAAAGCUACUUGCAGUACGAACUACGUCGCUAUCGCACAUAUGUUAGCAUUCUGAGCGCCAAGCUACUGGAGGAUCAACAACAGCUGGAACUGCAGGCGCAGAAGCCAUCGCCGGCAGCGCUCGAGGAAGAGGCCGACACAUUCCCAGUGGGCACCACCACGCCGCAAAGUAUUAUCCUACAGCAACCGAAGGAGCAGGCGCUAAAGGAGCCGCAACAGCAACAGCCAGCGAACAGAUGGCUCGAUGUCUUCUGCUGCUGUAGCCCACUCUGGCGGCAUUUGCUCUAUUCGAAAAGCCAUUAGCCAACUUAGUAACUUGCCAAGAUUCACUUAGACAGCAACAACAACAGGCACAGCACAUGCUGCACAGCACUACUCCGGAGGCGAUCCGAUCCAAGAGGUUCUCCUUGUAAAUGCCCUGACCCGUUUUAAAUGUGAGCAAGCUACUGCCAAAUCUCAAUGUUAAUUGUUAACUCUUCAGUGUCUAGCUUGGCUUACCUUUCAACCAACCAACCAACCAACCAAACACCAAUUUUAUGUUUUAAUCACAUUUGCUAACCUCGCUUAUCGUUCUACACUUACAGAAAGGAGAAGAAAAAGAAAUAAUUACCUUUCGUUUCGCUCUUGAUUUCGAUCAUUUCAAAAAACCCGCAUAACACACACUAUCCUCACUCUCCUCCACAUGCAUCCUGACCAUCGUGAAAAGCAGGCUAUGCCCAAGAAUGAAUUGAAUACUCCAAAAUGCCACGAUCCACGCGGAAUCCGCCGGAGAGAUCAACAAAAAAAUAUUAUAUAUAUAUUUGAGACACGCAUCCACACUCGCAUACUCAGCACCACUCACCACCAAAACACUACUCACAGGGACAUGAAAUGAAACAGGGUGGGGAAGGUGCACCACCCGCCUCCACCACCCACCCAACCACACACACUCACGCGCCACGGCUGUGCCGUUUCUGCCACUGAAGAAUUUCGGAAUCUGUGCACUUUUCAAUUACUUUAACCAUCGAAUGCUAAGAGAGUUCAUUUGAGAUAAUUAGACUACCAACCACACGAUAAUGAUAAUUACUUCUAAUCGAAUUUGUUACGUGUAGCCAGAGGGAAGGAGUUUUAUGUUUUGAAGUGGAUUAUCGACCACUCGAGGUCGUCCAUCAGAAGACCGAGGCGGUUCUCGAACUUUGGCAUUUUGAGCCAAUUAAGCAGCGCGGCAAAAGGUUUCUUGCGAAAUCGGUUUCAUCUGAUUUUUGUAAAGCUUUGCGAUCAGUUCGAUUUGAAAAUGCCUCGCCAAGGACUCUGCUGGACGGCUGUUAAGGGACACGAAUGGAAACUGCUUAUACACAUAGACUUAUUACUACGGGAGUUGAUACAGAAUACUUACAUCAUUACCUAUGCUAUCAUUAUAAAUGAUAAAAAUAAAUUAUAAAUUAUUGAAGAAAAUAUCUCUACCCAAGCGGAGGAGUAUGGAGAGCAUCAGCAGCAAAAUUUGAUUAGCAAUGAAAGCAAGGACUAAACUAAGCAAUUAAUAUCAUACCAUAUGUAUAUGCUUUUCUUACCACUUGUUUAACGACCUAUUGCGACUAUCAUUGUCACACUAACUGGUAACUGGUGUGUGUAGGCACUCUUCUCCAAUAUACAUAUUAUGUACGGAUCUAUAUUUAUUUAAAGAAUUAUCGGUUGAUUAUGCGACAUGUCCAUGUAGCUAGAAUAUGAAAUUGAUAUCCAUUUGAGGAGUAUAACCAGAAUGGAGCAAACAAUAACUUUAAAUGCAUCAUAUAUUUUUGAAUAUAUAAUAUUAUUGUAUUGUGUAAUUAUGUAAAUGCAAAUUAUAUAACAUUGUUUAUAAUAAUUUUUAACGAUUAAACUGAAACGGCAAUAAAUUCAAAAGAUACAAAACUAACUGAAACUGAAACUGAAGCGAAAGCGAAAGCAACUUGCCUGUGCAGCCAAGCGCCUAAAUGUAUGCAUAUUGUAUAUUUAUUUAGUUGUACAUUUUAACUGGCUUACGAGGGCAUCAAUUAGUUUUUAAAGCAAUAGCCUUUCGACCACACACAACCACACACACACACACCCAAAACAGACAGCCUCCUGCUUCAUUUCCCAACAAGACACAUCACACGGCGAAAAGGGAAACCAGAACACGAAAGUAGAUUCGGUGAUUUUUAUGUGAACAUUUAUUACUAAAUGAUAAGCUUUGAGUACAUUUAGGAAAGCCGUUAUACUAUACUAUAUACACGUAUAUAUAUGAACUAUAUAUAGUAUAUAUGAACGAACGCUCCUGUGAGCACCCCAAACAAUUACGAUAUAAAUCAUUAAAUACUUCCAAAAGCAUUCAAA